AUGAACAUAAAAGAACUAAAUCAGUUUAUGCUAGAUUAUGAACUCAAACCAACUUAAAAACUAUUUAAAUACCUCAUAAUCAUUGGAAUUUCAUCUAUGAAAACUAAAACUUAAGACAUCUCAAUUGAAACUAUAAAACUAAUUGCAAGUUAUUAUUCAAAUUUUCAUUAUUUUUAGGCUCUUGCAAAUAGCAAAAACUAAGAGAUGGAAUGGCAGAACUCAAAGAAAAGGUCAUCAACAUAUAAUAAUCUUUGUCUCCAUAGAAAGGAAACUUCAAUUUUAAUCAACCUAAAACUGUUUUGAAUUCUAAGCAUCAAUUAAUGAAUUCGCAAUUCUCACCAAUUCUUAAGAAUAAAGAAGAUUUAUAAAUUAAAUCUAAAAAAGCAUAAAUAUAGCAAGACCUUGAAUCCAAUAUGAAAUCGUUAAAUUUCAAUAAAAAAGAGAAUAAUCAACUAUCCAAUUAAUUUUAAUAGAAAAAUAAACCCUACCAAUAACCGUCAUUGUCAAACAAUUAUUUUACUUAAAAAAAAGUUAGUCUUGAUCAGAUUGCAAAUAAUUUUCUGAGUUCUCCUUUAGUAAAAAAUCCUGUGUCGGCCAGAAAUAUUGCAUAAAAAGAAAGCGAACUAAAAUGUAAUAAUGCAUUUACUAUUUUAAUAGAUUUCUUUUAGAACUCAUGGAAACUAAUUUGA